AAUCCAGAUUUAUAAUUUACUUUGCGUUUUAAAACAGAAAAACAAAACAUGACCAUCAUACAUCGUAGUAAAAAUCAUAUUAAUAUUAUGAAUCUAUUGUCAAAAUGUGAAUAUAGAUUUCAACUGAUUAAUGAUAAAUGUGAUUGGCGUUUAGAACAGUAUAUAAAAUCUAUAUUUCAAAUGCUUGAACAAGAAGAAAUGAAUACGGGUAAAUUAAAUGAUGAAUUGGUUGCAGCAAAAAAGAAAGCACAAUUUUUUCAAGGAUUACUUGAUGCACAUUCAAAAGAUACAACUAUAUUGGAACAAUAUUCAAUUAUAAAUUCAUUACAAUCAAAUUCAACAACAACAACAAUGCAAACAGAAAAUGAAACAAAACGAAUACAUUUAACCGAAAUAGCUAAAUGUGAUAAACGAAUGAAAAAAGAAUUAUUAUCAUCACGAUUAACGACCGACAACAAAACAACGACCGCUGAUGAUAAGAAUGAAAACCAUGAAAAUCGAAUACGAAAUACUAAAAAUAAAAAUUAUGAAGAUAUUAUUAAAUAUCAUGAAUUAUUACAAGAAAAAGUUACAAACGAAAUGGUUAUAUUAGUACAAAAUUUAAAACAAAAUCUAACAACAAGUAAUGAAAUUGUUAAAAAAGAUACCGAAUUAUUGGAAAAAACUAAUCAAUUUACUGAAAAAAAUGUAUCAAAUUUAAGAAAAAAUGCUGAUAAAAUACGUGAAUUUGCAAGCGCUGCUUGUGAAUAUUGGCUUUGGAUAUCAUUAACAUUAGUUAUAUUUAUAUUUUUAUUUAUGGUUAUUUUUAUUCGAUUAUUUCCAAAAAAAGCAACUAUAAUUGUUAUUAAUAAUAUUGCUGGCCAACAACAACAACAACCAUAUCAUCAUCAAUCAUUACAACCAUCAUCGGAUCAAAUCAAUGCCUAUACAAACGAUAUUAAUGAUGGCAAUCAAAGGAUUGAAUUGUAAUAUUAUCUAAAAGCAAAGACAAAAACCCACAAAAAAAUAUGAAAUCAAA